CAUCCUCGCUGAUUGGCGAAGAGAUGUCGGCCAUCUUGGAUUGUAGCGGGGAAGAAAGAUUGAUGCGGUGACACGCGGUAUGUUUGGUGCUAACCGGAAGAAGUUUAUGGAGGGAGGGGUAGAGAGCGACUACGCGGACGACUCCAGCCUCUACUACACCCAGCAGUCCAUGUUCCCUCCACACCGCCCUGACAAAGACAUGCUGGCGUCUUCCUCUGCGUCCUCAACGGGUCAACUGUCACAGCUAGGGGCCAGUUUAUAUGGCCCGCAGAGUGCUUUGGGGUUUCCCAUACGUGGUAUGAACAGCAGCGCAGCGCCGCAGUUAAGUCGAAGUGGGUUGAACCAGUCUGGCAGCCAGCUCCCCAGUCAUGCCAGUACACCAAACACUGGCACGAUGCACACGCCUCCCUCACCGAGCAG